CGUGCUUCUUUUCUUCUUCUUUUUUCCUCUUCUACUACAAUAGUGGCCAACUCAUCAAUUUUUUCCUCCUCCUUAUUUCUUUCCACUUCAUCAAGGUCCACAUGCACUAUAUAAUAUUAUAAAGUAUUAGUAGAGUAUAUAGCUGAAAAUUAAUUAACUACAUCAAUUAUUAAAUUAAGUUACCUUAUUCAUGUUGUUGUUCAUCCUUUUAUUUCUUCUUCUAACCUUUUUCUUGAUGUAGGAAGAAAUAUCUAACACGACUUUCUUGAGCAUAGCAACACACUUAUGUAGAUCUCCGUCGACAGAGGUGUUCACUACAACUUUUGAGGUAUCCGAACAAGCAUCAUCACCAACAUGUGUUCCAAUAGAGUUACCAUCCAAAUCUCUGUCAUCAUCAUUGUCCCCGUUUAAAAUUUACCAGAAGGUACAGUACGUAAUCUAAUGGAACAGGACACAUUGAAAUGGGUAUUCGUAGGCGGAAAAGGCGGUGUAGGGAAAACGACGUGCAGUUCUGUAUUAGGAAUCCUCCUUUCUCAGGUCCGAUCAUCUGUUCUAAUCAUAUCAACUGAUCCAGCUCACAAUCUUAGCGAUGCAUUUCAACAGCGUUUCGCUAAAACUCCCACUGUCGUUAAUGGAUUCACCAAUUUAUACGCCAUGGAAGUUGAUCCAACUAUAGAGAAUGAAGAAGGUGGUUCGGAAGGGGUGGACGGUUUUUUCUCAGAUUUGGCUAAUGCAGUUCCAGGAAUUGAUGAAGCUAUGAGUUUUGCUGAGAUGCUAAAAUUGGUGAGAACAAUGGAUUACUCUGUAAUAGUGUUUGAUACAGCGCCAACGGGACACACUCUCCGGCUGUUACAAUUCCCAUCGACACUAGAGAAGGGGCUUGCGAAAGUAAUGAGUUUGAAGAGCAGAUUUGGUGGCGUGCUAAGUCAGAUGACUCGUAUCUUUGGUGUUGACGAUGAAUUUGGCGAGGAUGCAAUUCUAGGCAAAUUGGAAGCCAUGAGAGAUAUUAUUGAACAAGUGAACAGACAAUUUAAGGACCCAGACAUGACGACAUUUGUUUGUGUUUGCAUUCCGGAGUUCCUCUCUCUGUAUGAGACUGAAAGACUUGUUCAGGAACUCACUAGAUUUGAGAUUGAUACGCACAACAUUAUAAUUAACCAAGUGCUCUUUGAUGUAGAAGUUGUUGAAUCCCAGUUGCUGAAGGCUAGAAUGCGGAUGCAACAAAAGUACUUGGAUCAGUUCUAUACGUUAUAUGAUGACUUCAAUAUUACUAAGCUGCCUUUGCUACCACAAGAGGUUUGUGGUGUUGAAGAUCUGAAAGCAUUCAAGUAUCAUUUUCUAACACCAUACCAACCUUCUCGUGCGCGUUGUUCAGCGGAAGAGUUGGAGAGUGGAAUAGCAAAACUGAAAGAACAGUUGAAAGAUGCUGAAGCAGAAUAUGAAAAAAUUAGAAAAGGAAAAAAUCAGGUUUGAUAUAGAAAGACUUUUCAAAUGUUAUGGAAAUAGUGUCAUUGAACAAAUUAUUUUGUUUGAGAGGAUCAGCACGUACACUAAUUGUUUUAUUCAUUGAUA